AUUCAUCUUACCCUCCAGCAGACGCAGUAUGAGUGACGGGAAUCAGACGCGCUCCACCCGCUUCGAGCUGGGCGACUUCGCUAUCGACGAGUAUAGGCCAAUCAAGGUCGUUUGCGUUGGUGCGGGCUUCAGCGGGAUUUUGGCUGCGAUCAGGUUUCCUCAGAAGAUCCCGAACGUCGACCUCACGAUUUAUGAACGAAACAAUGGCAUAGGCGGAACAUGGUUCACGAAUCGGUUCCCGGGAUUGGCAUGCGAUAUUCUGUCCCAUUGCUACCAGCUGACAUUCGAGUCCAAGACAGACUGGUCGAGCUUCUACGCACCGGGUCCCGAGAUUCUCGCAUACAUCCAAUCGGUGGUUGACAAGUACAAGCUCAUGCCCUACAUAAAGUUGCAGCACGAAAUCCUACACGCCCGCUUCGACGAGCCCUCUGGGAAGUGGCACCUACGCAUCCGCCGGCGCACGGGUGCAGGAACGCAAGGCGAGCCGACAUACGAGGAGUUCACGGACACGGCGGACGUCUUCAUCUCUGCGCUCGGGAUAUUUAGCAAGUGGUCUUGGCCGGACAUCGAGGGCCUGAAGGACUUUGGCGGGAAGCUGAUGCAUAGCGCUGAAUUCGGGGAAGAGAACCAACACUGGCGAGAUGUUGUCAAGGAUUGGAAGGAUAAGAGAGUUGGUGUCAUUGGGGUCGGUUCCACUGCGAUACAGAUUGUGCCGGCGCUGCAGCCCCACGUCAAGGAGGUCGUGAAUUACGUGCGAGGAAAGGCAUGGAUCUGUCCCCCAUUCGCCAGCUCGAGGCUCGCGGAACUUGUGCAACGCAACCCCGACGCGGAGAACUACACCUUCACCGACGACGACAAGGAGAAACUACGGGAUCCUACCUUCUACAAGUCUUUCCGGCGCGACCUCCAAGCAGACGUGAAUUCUCUUGACAAAGCCAUUCUUGCUGGAACCGAGUGGCAGGAGCAGCGCAGGGCGGAGGUGGAAGCGCAUAUGCGGCAGAAGCUGGCGAAGAAACCGUGGAUAGCAGAUCAGCUCAUACCUGACUACGGCGUAGCUUGUCGGCGUCUGACGCCUGGCCCAGGAUACUUGGAGGCGUUGUGCCAGGACAAUGUGGACUUCGUGUCGUCGCCUAUCAAGCGAGUGACGAAGGAUGGCAUCGAGACUUCGGAUGGAAAGAAGCAAGACCUCGAUAUUCUCAUCUGUGCAACUGGCUAUGACUACGCCUUCCAGCUGAAUUUCCCCAUCAUCGGCCGCUCAGGUGUGUCGAUCCAGGAGAAAUGGCAGCCCUACCCGACGACCUACAUGGCUGUCUGCGUUGACGGCUUCCCCAACUGGUUCAUGACCAUGGGCCCCAAUUCCUGCGUCAGCUCUGGCUCGCAGCUUACUCUGAUCGAACGUCAAAUCGAUUACAUGGUCGAGGUGACCAUGAAGAUGCAACGUGAGCGCCUGAAGAGCAUUGAGGUGAAGCGAGAGGCUGUCAAGGCGUUCGACGACUAUAUCGAGAACUACUUCCCGAAGACUGUGUUCACUCAGGGUUGUAGGUCUUGGUAUAAGCGCGGUCAAGAGGAAGGUCGCAUUGUUGCUCUCUGGCCGGGCUCGACGCUUCACACCAUCCGUGCGCUGCAGUAUCCUCGAUGGGAAGACUUCAACUACGAGCGCGCAGAUGAUGUCGACAACUGUCUCUAUUGGUUUGGCAACGGGCAGACGUACAACGAGAAGACCAUGACCGGUGACAGAGCGUGGUAUCUUACGGACGGCGUUGUGGACUAUCCUCCUGUGCCGCAGUAACGACCUUUAGAAUUGUAUACUACAUAGCUGCUAUUACAUACAUAUCGUGCGGACAGCACCAAUCAGGUUGAUCGUUACUCGGCCCCCAGUAGCCAUGAACCACAUCGGCUGGUAGGCAUAAACCGCAGCAGCAGGCCGUUGCCAGCUGGAGAAUGCCUCAAACUGGAAACCUUUUUAUGAUGGUUCA